AUGCCGCCCCGCCGCCGCCUCCCGCCGCUCCUGCCGCUGCUGCUCGCCGCGCUCUGCCCCGCCGCCAUCGCCCUCCGCCAUGGGCCCUCCGCCAUCGCCGUGGUGGGCGGCGGGAUCGGCGGCUCGGCCGCUGCCUAUUUCCUGCGGCAGAAGUUCGGGCCCGGCGUGCGGCUGCACGUGCUGGAGAAGGCGGCGCUGGGCGGACGGCUGCACACGCUGGACGUGGAGGGGGCUGCCUACGAGGCAGGGGGAGCCGUCAUCCACCCCCUCAACCUGCACAUGAAGCAUUUUGUCAAGGAGCUGGGCCUCUCAACCAACUCAUUCCCGGGCAGCCCCGCGGGCUUUUACAACGGGGAGGAAUUUGUGUUUGAGGAGAGCAGCUGGUCCUUCAUCAACCUCCUCAAGCUUCUCUGGUACUACGGCCUCAACCCGCUGCGCAUGUCCAUGUGGGUGGAGGACAUCCUGGACAAGUUCAUGAGGAUCUACCGGUACCAGAUGCACGAGUAUGCCUUCAGCAGCAACGAGCGCCUGCUCCACGCCCUGGGAGGCGACGACUUCAUCCAGCUGCUCAACCAGACCAUCGACGAGGCCAUGCAGAGAGCAGGGUUCUCCCAGAAGUUCAUCAACGAGGUGGUUUGUCCAGCCAUGAGGUUUACCUACGGCCAAGGGGUCACCGUCAACGGCUUUGUAGGUGCUCUGUCCCUGGCCUGGAUACAGUCGGGCCUUUGGUCUGUGAAAGGAGGGAACAAACUGGUCUGCUCCGGCCUCAUCUCCUCCUCCAAGGCCCAGGUUAUCCCGGGAACUGUCGUCUCCAUAGAGCCAAAAACCAGACCCAGCCCCAGCGGGGACCCGGUGAAGCUCUACCAGGUCACCUACAACACGUCCUCGGGGCUGACAGAGGACACCUACGACAUCGUCCUCAUCGCGGCCCCGCUCGGGCGCAAGAUGGCCGACAUCACCUUCCGGAACUUCGACCCUCCCAUCCCGCCAUUCCCAAAUCCCUACCACCAAACUGUCACCACCCUGGUGCACGGGCGUGUGAAUGCAUCAUUCUUUGGCUACAACGACCCCCAGGCUUUUCAUUUUGGGGCCAUUUUCACCACGGACAACCCCAAACUCUUCAUCAACAGCCUCAACAUCGAGCCCCCCGUGGGGGACACGGACACGGGCGAGGAGCUGCCGUUGCCGUCGGAAGACGUCUGGAAGACGUUUUCCAACGAGGAGCUCACCAAGGAGCAGCUCAAUCUGCUCUUCUCCUCCUACGACUCGGUGCAGGUGAAGCCGUGGUUGGCGUAUCCCGAGUACAGCGCUCCCGAGAAGUUCCCUCCCAUCGUCCUGCACGAGCAGCUGUACUACCUGAACGGGCUGGAGCGCGCCGCCAGCGCCAUGGAGAUGAGCGCCGUCGCUGCCCGCAACGCCGCCCUGCUCGCCUUCCACCGCUGGCACGGCCGCAGCGCCAGCGUCGACCAGGAGGACCUGCACGAGAAGCUCAAAACCGAGCUCUGAGACCCCCCCGGCGCUUAAUUAACACUAAUGAGCUCCGUGCUUCGCCCCUCCGAGGAGGCGUUUCAUAGGAUCCUGGGAUCUUAGUGUAGGAAACUUUCAAGGUGAUCAAGACCUUCAAGAUGAUCAAGAUCUUCAAAGCCUUCAAGGUCAAGACCUUCAAGAUUGUCAAUUAAUAGCUAAGUAAUUAAUACCAAUGAACAUGCUUUGCCUUUCCGAGGAGGUGUUUCAUAGGAUCCUGGGAUCUUACUGUAGGAAACUUUCAAGGUUAUCAAGACCUUCAGGAUCAUCUAGGCUUUCGAGAUCAAGACCUUAAACACAGCCAAUUAACAGCUAAGUAAUUAAUACAAAUUAACUCCGUGCUUUGCCUCUCCAAGGAGGUGUUUCCUAGGUUCACAGGAUCCUUAAAGUUAGAAGACAUUCAAGAUGAGCAAGAUCUUGAAGGUCUUCAAGAUCAUCAACACUUUCCAGAUGAUGAAGGCCUUCAAGAUGAGCAACGCCUUCAAGACCUUCAGGAUCAUCAGGACCCUCAAGAUCAAGACCUUCAAGACAGCCAAUUAACAGCUAAGCAAUUAGUACCAAUUAACUCUGUGCUUUGCUGCUCCAAGGAGAUGUUUCCUAUGAUUGUGGGAUCCUUUCAGUUGGAAAACUUCCAAGCAAGACCUUUAAGGUCAAGAUCUUCAAGACUUUCAAGGUCAAGAUCGUCAAGAUCUUCAGGAACAUCGUGACCUUCAAGAUGCCAUAAUUAACAUUAAUGAACUCUCUGCUUUCCCCCUUCAAGGAGGUGUUUCAUGAGAUCCUUAAAGUUCAAAGACUUUCAAGUUGAUCAAGAUCUUCAAGACUUUCAAGAUCAAGAUCAUCAAGAUCUUGAAGAUGCUGUAAUUAACAUUAAUGAACUCUGUACUUUGCCCCUCCAAGGAGGUAUUUCAUGGGAUCCUUAAGGUUGGAAGAUGUUCAAGAACUUCCAAGACCAGCAAUAUCCCCCAGACCUUCAAGAACAUCAAAACCUUCAAGAUCUUCAAGAUCUCCAAGACCUUCAAGACCCUCAAGGUCAUCAAGACCUUCCAGCCCAGCCAUCAGCCCAAGCACGUUCACCGUUAACGAUGUCCUCAGGCGCCGCCUCCGUGCGCUGUUUGGACGCUUCCAGGGACGGCGACUCCACCACCGACCCGGGCCGGACAACCCUUCCUUCCACGACGGAAUUCUGCCCGUACCUCACCUCGACCUCCCCCGGUGCCCCCCGGGAGCUCCGUGGCCAGCGCAGGAGGCAGCAGGAGCAGCGAAGCCUUCCCAAGUAAGCCGAGACAUUUUCCUCUGGCAGAUUCCCGAGUUUCCCUCCAGCUCCUUGGUUCCUCCCUGCCCGAGAUCGGGGAAUUCAUUCCAGGAGCUGCACUGAGCCCAGAAGUGCCCUCCAGCCGGGAAUGUCGACUCACUGCCUGUGCAUCCCUCUGGCCCGGCUUUGCCAAAGGGUCUGCCAAGGAAUUAUUGCUCAGGCUGGAAUCUGGGCGAAUGGGGAACUGGGAGCUGCCAGAGUGGGUGGGAAAGAGGAAAAAACGCCAACGGCCAUCGCUGUGUUGAGGUACGAAGGAGUUAAUAAACAAUUUAACAAUC